AAAAAAAAAAAAAACAUUUGCUGAAAUAAUGCAGUUUAAAGCUUUGUUUUUCUACAUACACAUAUGGACAUACAUAUGUACAUAUGUAUGUACAUAUAUGGCUAACAAAUAAAGCCAUGCAUGUGUGUAUGUAUAUGUAACUGCGCAGUUGACAAAGAAAAAAGGCUUUAACGGUGAUUUUUAAGAAAUCUAAGGAAAUACAAACAAACAACGAGCCGAUGCACUGCGAAAUUAUUUAUCAUCGGUAUCGAUAUAUCGAUACGUGAAGCUUUGAGGAAAAGCUAACGCUUGCAAUUCGGGGACUUCACAGAACUGAUCAGUUUCGAAUUGAUCGCGAGCCUGACAAGACAGCUUAACGAUGUCUUAUUUGAUGCCGUCAGAUAAAAUGUUUAAAGCCUUCAGGGGAGGCUUUACGGACAGGGAUCUGGCAGCAACUAGCACUGAAUUGGCCAGUUAUCUGCAUACGCGUGAAUUGACCCGCGAUAAUGUCGCCAAAGUGCUCGAAACUUUGCUUGGCAUUGAGGACAUAGCCGAAAUGGACCUGUAUGCGAAUCUAAUGCAGCACAGCUACCACGUAGAUUAUGAUAUGGCGCGUAAGGAAUUCUUUAUAAAUUUGAGGUCGGCGGGCAUCGCAAAUAGAGCCGAAGACGUUUUGAGCCCUGGCAUGGACGAAGUGGUGCUCGUGUCGGAGCAAAGUGCGAUGGCUUCACCCCUACCAGCAGAACGCAUCUUCUGCUUAACUCCGCACGAGUUCGAGAAUCUUCCUUGUGAACCAGAAACAAAUCACCGUCACGUUGGUAAAAUUACGAUGGUAAAACACAAAAAAGUUUGGUUUAAGUUGUGCCAAAAAGAAAUCAAGAAAAGUCUGGAAAUAGAAGAAGAAGAAGAUAUCCCCGCUCCGCCUAUAGAUCCGCAUUAUGUGAUUCAUAAAAAGUUCGACAUCAUCUUUCGUUCUUCUCGAAUACCAUUUAAUUUAAUGUAUAAUGCCCUAUCCAUGCUGGCUAAGUGCGAUGCUACGUGUCGAUACCUUUUUCCGCAAUCCAAAUCCCAGAGCUUGAAUCAUCAAAAAUCGUUGGACGAUCAACUUCAAACCCAUUCUUUAAUCAACGAAUCGAUAGCAACAAACCCUGAACAGUUGCUAGCCGUACGUCAGAUCAUAGCUGGGCCUAACAGUAGCGCGCCCUACAUUGUGUUUGGCCCUCCAGGUACUGGCAAAACUACAACUAUUGUCGAGGCUAUACUACAGCUAUGUCUCCAACGUGACGCACAUAUUAUUGUGACAUCUGGCUCGAACUCAGCCUGUGACACAAUUGCUUUGAGAAUAUGCGAAGCUCUUAAGGGUAAAAAAUAUUGGACAAAUUUAACGAAAAUGGAAUUUGUACGCAUUUACUCGGGUUCUUACAACAAGCGCAUAGAUCCAAAACUCCGAAAAAUGUUCAAAUGUUUGCGUCCAGCAGCUGGUAAAUCAUUUAUAAAUAUCUUGGAGCGCUGUAAAAUUGUUGUGGCUACAUUAUGCGGCGUUGCCCAAAUGUAUUUCUUGACUCAAUACAACAAAUUUUCUCAUAUUUUCAUUGAUGAGGCGGCCGCAUCGAUGGAGGCCGAGGCAUUGAUGGGCAUUGCAGGCGUUAAAAGUAUAAAUUGCCAUGUUAUACUAUCCGGAGACCACAAGCAAUUGGGUCCAGUCAUAAAGAAUAAACGUGCGGCAUCGCUGGGAUUGGACAAAUCCCUAAUGGAACGCCUGCUACUUAACAAGCUGUUCAAGGUGGACGACGAUGGCAGCUAUGAUACCAGACUGCAGAUACGCUUGCGGCGGAAUUACAGAUCCCAUCCUGAGAUCGUUGGCAUCUACAACCAGCUUUAUUACGAUAAUCAGCUAAUACCCAUGGCUCCGCUUCAGGUAGUUAACAAAGCCGCCAACUGGAGCUUGUUGCCAACAAAUGGAGAGUUUCCAAUCCUAUUCUGUGCCACGUACGGAAAAACGGAGCGCGAACACCAUUCCACUAGCAGCUUCAAUCUGCUGGAGGCAACGGCGGUCGAUUGGUUUGUGAAGCAUCUUCUAAAAGAUGGCCUCGGUGACGGUGUACAAGUAAUGCCGGACGAAAUUGGUAUCAUCACACCAUAUUUGGCUCAAUGCAAGCGCUUACAAAAUAUGCUCAGCUGGGACGUGGAGGUUGGAAGUGUGGAGAGAUAUCAGGGCCGUGAAAAGCCAAUAAUCAUUGUAUCAUUAGUUAGCUCAUUUAUGCGUCCUUAUUUUCUAUCUAAUCCCAGGCGCGUGAACGUAUUGCUAUCCCGUGCCAAGGAUCUGAUGAUACUGAUUGGCAAUCCGGAGAGUUUGAGCCAAAAUAAGGAUUUUCAACACAUCAUCAACAAAUGCAAGCUGCGUGGCACCUUUCUAGAGGACAUUAAAAAGGUCGAUCAGAAAAUUCGACUUGAAUCAUAUCACCAUCAUCAAAAAUCAGAAAGUCUGAGUGGAAAGGUGCCAAAGGGAAAGGUAAAGGCAGCCGAUGCAGCAGCAAGUAGCUCUUCCUCUGUCGCUUCUACGGACUACCUUGUAAACAAGUUAAAAGAUCUUGAUAUAUGGAGAGGACCAAACACCGCAUAGAUUUAAAAAAACGUAACAUUUUCAAAGCUACAAAAAUAAUCAGUAGCUAUAUUCUUAUAUAAUUAAUAUAAUAUAUAAUUUCUUAUAUAAUUACUGCAUGGUACAUAUACAUACAUAUGCAUAAAUACAUAAAUGCUUCAACUACACCAUAUAUAUAUAUAUUCAAUUUACAUAUAUUCAUUUCUCUGCCACAGAGUCAACCAUUUCUAUGAAUUCCCUUUUUUUGACAUGCAUAU